GUUCGGGUCUGUAGGUUGCGGCAAUUUGGCUACUAUUUUUCGUAAUCAAACUUAUCGUAUUGGUGGCUGCCUGCAGCCCAGAUGUGGUGACGUGUCUUCUAAAGCUAGCUGCCACGCCUCAAACUUUGAAAAUCUGAAAUCCUAUACUGCAACCAUAUCAGAGAUGUAUCCUGAUCAUAAGGACAGCAAGAGAUGCAGAUCGUCUGUUUUCUUGCUUUUAAGGGGCAUGUUGGAUCCAAAUUCGGCGCUUCUCUUUGACGUUCAUGUAAACAUUAGUACGACGCAUGUUCCUGCACUACUCGAGUGGGAUGCUGUCAAAUGCGAUUUGAGAGACACACCAUGCAAAGAAUUAAAAGCAGUACUUGGUCAGAAGUCUGAUUGUACAGUAAGGUGUGGAGAAGUUGAUAUUCUAUACCCAUUUGGAAUAGAAGGAGGCUCUUACAUGAACGAGUGGUUCAAAGAAACUUGCAUCGAAACCGUGGAUGGGAGGAAGCCUUUCUUAAGCGGCAUCAGUCUAGAACUACUCUCUUCUUCAUUUACCUUAGGAAGCGUUCAAGUGAACAAUCCUGUGACAUAUAUCCAAUGCCAGGAUAUACAUAAUAAUGGGGUUAGUGUCAACCUAACAGUUUGGCUACUAUUCUUCACAAUCAAACUCAUCUUAUUGGUGGCUGUCUGCAACCCGGUGGUAGCAAUAUUAUGA